AUGGCUAUUACGGAUGUAGAGGCUAAAGCUCAUGAACUAUACAAACAAAAACAAAAUAAUAAAGCUUUCAAAUUGUACCAUUGUUGGAUGGGAAUGAGACACCUUUCAAGAUGGCAACCCGGAUAUGAUUCAACUGUUGUGAGUCAAUCAAGUUCAAAAAGGUCAAGUGAUGAAGUUGUAUCAGUUCGCCCGGAUGGUCAGAAGAAGGCUAAGGCACAAAGAAAGAUGAAAGGAGUAGCUACAAGUUUAGAUGAUUUCAACAACACCUUAAGUGAAAUGCAAGGUGAACGAAUUACAAUAAGGAAAAAUAUAGAAGAAAUGAUGGAUUACCAAAAGCAGCGAGAUGAAAAGAAAAUGAGAUUUCGUAUGCGUCGUCCUCUUUUCUUUCGAAUUAUGAACGCACUCGCUGCGAAAGACAAAUUUUUUCAACAACUACCAGACGCAACUGGGAAGCUAGGUGCAUCCAGUCAUCAGAAAUGCACAGCAGCAUUGAGGUGUCUAGCAUAUGGAUCAGCAUCUGACGCAGUCGACGAGUACAUCAAAAUUGCUGAAUCAACAGCAAAGGAGUGCCUUGUGCACUUUGUGCAAGGAAUUCGAAAAGUUUUUACGAACGAGUACUUAAGGAGGCCUACGGUAACCGACUUGCAACGCCUCUUACGUGACGGGGAAAGGCGGGGUUUUCCUGGAAUGAUGGGCAGCAUAGAUUGCAUGCAUUGGCAAUGGAAAAAUUGCCCACGAGCAUGGAAAGGGUUGUAUCAAGGUAGGUCCAAAUCUGCAACGGUAAUUCUAGAAGCCGUGGCCUCCGGAGACUUGUGGAUAUGGCAUGCAUUUUUCGGAACACCGGGAACUUGCAAUGAUAUCAAUGUAUUGGCACGCUCUCCGGUGUUUGAUGAUCUUUAUCAAGGAAGAGCUCCUGAGGUCACAUUUAAUGUGAAUGGUAAUACCUAUAAUAGGGGAUAUUACCUAACAGAUGGGAUCUACCCUAAAUGGGCAGUGUUCAUGCCAGCAAUUCGACUCCCACUAUCUCCCGUCGAUGAUUGUUCACCAAACGUCAAGAAUCAGUUCGGAAAGACGUCGAACGUGCGUUUGGGGUUUUACAAGCACGCUUUGCAAUAA